AGUGGACAGAAACAAACACUACAGAACCUGAGAAAGACAGGAGAGAGGAGAGCUGUGAACAAGUAACCCUAGAUCACCUAAGUGAGGAUGACCUACAGGUAUUCUUUGUUUGUGUGACGUUCAGGGACACUCUGAGUCUCUAAGCUGAUGUUGAACAGAACACCGGUGUUCCCCUGAACGUGGUGUCAGUGUUGAACUGAAGCUGUGAGCGUGUCGUGGGACGACCUCCUGUCGACAGCAGCUGAUCUGUCGGACUCCACUGAUUUCAAAAUCUAUUUUUCCGUCGACUCCAGCCUGUUUGGUAACUCCAAUCCAUCUAUAAAUACAUCAGGGAUGGAAACGGGAAGUCAAGUCACUCCAUCCUGUGUCUGACUGUCUGUCCGUCUGACCGUCAGUCAGUAAGUGUGUGUGUGUCAGUGUGUGUCUGUGUCCAUCAGACCAACAUGCUGCCGAUGCUGCUUCUCCCCCUCACCGCCGUCUGUGUCUUCUCAGUGCCUGUCGCUCUGGCAGGGGUUACCACGGAGACGGUGGUGGCCGUGGCUGGGAGGAGAGUGACGCUGCCAUGUCGCGCAGGCGCGGAGAGUCAGCAAGAUGUGGAGGUGUGCUGGGGGAGAGGCGAGCCGUCACUGUUCACCUGCCACAACACAGUACUCACAACGACCGGAGGGCAGACCACAUACAGGAAGUCAUACAGGUACUCCUCCUCCUCCUCCUCUCUGUCGAUCUUAAUCUCUCGUCCCUCAGACGCUGGUUUCUAUCACUGCAGAGUUCAGUUGCCUGGUCUGUUUAACGACCAAACAUCCACCGUCCACCUCAUCAUCAUCUCCAGAUCUCACGCUGUGGUCUCUGAGCCCACAGACAGAGAGGAUGCCUGGACUGUGAACUCACCGCACACGACAGCAGGUUUUACCACAAGAGACGUGACAGAGCAGACAGGAAGUGAUGUCACAGCAGGCAGCUUCACAGAGCCAGUGGUGGCAUUUGUUCAGUCCGCCGAGCAGCAGGAAGACACUCUGCAGAUCUUCAUCACGAACACACUGAGAGCGUCCUUCAUCAUCUUCAUACCUGCUCUGCUGCUGACUGCUGGUUUUAGAGUCUGGAGAGCCAAUCAGAGAGCAGAGCCUGACAAGAGGCCUGACCAAUCAGAGGAGGAGGACAGCUCUGUGUAGAGACACUCAGGAAACAUGAGACUGUCAAUGACCCAGCUUAAAGAACUGCACUUAAACAAUAAACAAAUAUCUGGGAGAAUUAUUGCACACCGGCUUUACUGGAGUACAGGUACGAGUACAGGUACGAGUAGGCAGAGACAGUUUCUGGACAUCAUAUUCACCUGGCGCCUCCCCUCCAUGCUCCUCUUCCUCUCUCUGUCUUCACACGUCUUUCACCUCAGGUUACUUCAGGUAACAUCUGUUCUGUGUCACAUGACCUGGUGGACACAGCUUUAAGGAGUAGCUUUAACAUUAGUUGCUGUUCAGACAGUGAGGAUGAAACCAGAAAUGUUGAAGGCAGUGUCUAAUAAAAAAAAAAAUCAUGAUACAAAUAAAGCUGUAUUGAACCAUAA